AUGGAUAGCGACGAUGAAGAGCAUAACGACUACGGUUAUCCCGGUGAUGGACCUUGGGAAGAUAAUGACCCCUGGGACAAUGAUGACCCCUGGGAUGAUGACGAUCUCCUCGGGGUUCAUGAUCCCCAAGCAAUGUUGAGCGCUCUCCUCGCUAUGGCCGGCGCAUCGGCCGGACAUUUCGGAAGUGGCAGCGAUGACGGUCAAUACGAUCCUAGAGAGGAGUUCGCUCGGGAAAUGGGAAGGCGUAUCGAUCUCAGGCGCCAGACAUGGACCUGGUUCGACAUUGACUGGUCAAAAGAUCGCGGUUAUUAUGACCCGGUUGAUGACUGGGAUUGUGGGGAUAUGAUGAGCAACACACCUCCUGAAUGCAACAUUGACCCUCGCCCUGUUCUUCAUGAUCGGAGAUGGACAGAAAUACAGAUCUGUGGUCGCGGCAAAGAGCUGUGCACCAGAGAACCUCAGCCAGAAGACUUUGCGAGUUGGAGUCUCGGUGCCAUUUACCAGCGAAUGACCGACAUCGACGAGCUAAUGCUUCACAUCAAAGACAUCUGGCCCGUCAAGAUGUUCGAACUCGACGAUCAGCCAGCCUCUGCGAGAGUCGUCCUCAAAGAUGCCCCUCCCAGCCAUCAUGUGGACCUUGCCAAAAGGCUUCUUCUCGAACACAACAUGUUGCGCAAAAUCACUCUUGAGCGUUCGCGAUCAUCUAUUAGACCGCUUACCUUGCUCGAUGUUCCGCCAGAAGUUCUCGGCUUCGUGGCGGAGUACCUCGACGGCAAUGACAACGAGGACCCCAAACAGGUCGAGAAACCAUACAUGGCACGCGGCUAUCGCGACAUCCAAAGCCUUCGCCUCACCUGUCAGACCCUCAACAUUGUAUCUUCGCCUGCGCUCCUGCACUGCGUGACAGUUCAGAUGACGAAGAGUUCUUUUGAUCGAUUCAAAUACAUCGCUGAGCGCCCACACUUGCGCAACGGCAUUGAACGAGUCCGCAUUUCGCUUGGCUAUUUCUGCGCCAAUGUAGCAGCCUCUGCAUGGAAUUUCACGGCUUACGCGGUGUGGAUGCUCGAGUUUGCGCUUUAUCGGAAAGACGAGAGGGGGCAGACCAUCCUACACAGCAUUAUGGCCCACAACGAGGAUGCGAAACCGCGACACCAGCAGCUUCAGGAUCUCUUGACCUCUUGGAAAGACCUCCAUGAUACCCCGAGAGAUGGCGCUGAUGGAGAACAGAGAUGGCUGGCUCUUUUCCGUCAACAACAUGCACUCGUGGAGAUGUAUGAAGCCUACAGGCACAGUUUGAAUGAGUAUGAAGCGGUUCGACAAAACUUCGUCCACGAAGUUGUCAAUGCACUGUCUCAGAUGCCCCGAUUCACUCGUUUGGAAGUAUCAGAUUAUCUAUGGAGGUCGCAAUCGAUCAGUACCGUGUGCGGGGAUUUGGAAAUGGCGUUGGUCCGCGAUGAGAACUUCAUGAGGGGAGACCGCUACGUAGGACUCUUCACGAAGCCGAUGCAAUGGGAUCGCCUUGCGCGAUUCUCGCCCAUGGGGAGUGAUUCUUCUUUUGAGACUUCACCACCAGUCGACGUUCUUGGUCAAAUUCUUUCGCUUCUUGGCAAACGCGGAGUCCAGCUUACCAAAGUCGACAUCAACAUCACGCCCCCGCCAAGUUUUGAGGCUCUCCGUCCCACGAAUGUCGAAGCUCGACAAGAAACUGUCAAACUUUUCCAGAACGUGUGGUUCCUGCGCUUCAAGAUCGGGCCACCAGCCGACUGGAGGAAUCAUGAUCCAGAGUUGCUUGCAAGAGACGAUGUGAAUCGCAUCUGGAAGCCACGCUCAGAAGAGGAGUUGAAACACCUAGACGGUUUCCUGGACGCUCUCCUCGACACAAAGAGUCUGAAUCAACUCACCCUGGACUUCACCUCACUCAUGCACGAGAAGUACUUGAAUUUCUCAGUCGGCGACUGGUACCUGCCGUCUAUCAUGAAGCCCAGGCAAUGGGCGCAGCCACUUCUGCUUUUAUUCCACGCCGUGUGCAUUGAUUCGACAAGGCUUAACAGCUUCAUAGGGGAUGGGCCGAUGCACUUUCGUGAAUUCAAAAAUAUCUAUAUGGCUCGAGGAACCUGGACAGAGGCGCUGGAUGUGAUGCGCGAGAAGUACGAUCUGAGUGCCUACGACGCGCCAAAAACUUCCUUCACCGCCACCCAUUCGCUUUUUGAUCUUCGUGGCGCCGAAGUUGGGCUUAUGGAUGACGAUGAGCAGCACGCUGCCUUUGAGACCACAAUUUCUGGUCGCCCUUCAACUUUACGUGCGUAUCGCUAUAUCAAACACGAGACAGAAACCAACCCUUUUCGGCCUUUUGAGCAACAUGUUGUGUAA